AUGCUGGCGCUUCUGGCGCAGCUGGACGUUGCGCGCGCGCGCGCAGCACAGAGGAAGGGCGCGCGGGGGGGGAAGGGGGGGCGGAAGCGGCGGGACAGGGGGGAGGCGGAUGGGGAUGGUGGCGGGGACGAGAACGAGCGGGAAAAGGGAAGGAAAAGAGAGGGAGGGGGAGGGGAGGACUUGAAAGGAGGUGGGGGGAAGGCAUCAGGCGCAGGGGGGGUUGGGGGGAAGGCAUCAGGUGCAGGGGGGGUUGGGGGGAAGGCAGCAGCGGAGGCACAUGGGGAGUGGGCGUGGCAGGGGGUGAUGUCACAGCUGACGUCAGCACAGGAGGAGCUGAGGGUGAUAGUGGAUCUGGUGAAUGCGGUGGAGAGCGGUGCAGAGGGGCUGGCUGUGAGUGGGGUGUCGAAGCCGAAGCAGCAUGCAGCAGAGAUGAGCGCCGAGCUCACUACCCGGCUGGCAGGCAAACUCACGCUGUUGCAGGUGGGUACAGUGCGGUUCAGUGUGGUGGGGCUGGACUCAGUGUGGUGUGAGGAGGUGGGGCUUGGCGGGGCAUGA